CUCCUAAGUACUAAACUAAUCAACUUAGGGGCUGUUUGGCAACUUCUGAAUCGGUAAGUGCUGAACCAGUAAGAGGUCUGAACCAUUAAGUGCUGAACCAGUAAGAGGUCUGAACCAUUAAGAGCUAGUAUAUUGCUUAACUAUUCAGAGGCAAAUGUCUGAUCAAUUCAGAUAAGAGGUCUUAACCAUUCAGACUCUGUAUAAUACUUAAUCAUUCAGAGUGGAUAUCUCUCACAAAAUUGUGUACCCAUAGAGCAUACCAACUUGGGUACCUUGCUAACCCCAAAAUUAAUCGAGAAGGAGGUGGCAAGAAUUUCACCAUUCAAAGACUCACCAAAGACUCAAAGAGAGUGGUGGUGAGUAGUGAGAGAGUAGAUAGAGAGAGAGAGAGAGAGGAUUGGCAAUUCAUUCACUCCCUCCAACAACGAACCACCUAAACACCACUUCUUUUCCUUUCCUUAUAAUCCUACUAUUUCCUUUCCUCUGAUCUCACCAUUUUUAACACUCGCCGGAGAUGAAAGACUGUACGAAGCACCCGGUGGCGGAGGCCAACGAAGAGAGCCCCUUUGGGUCCUUGAGCCCCGACGAGUUCUACUCGCGCCACUCGGUGAGUCACGGCACCGAGUUCAUCACCAAUACCCGCGGUCUCAAGCUAUUCACCCAGUGGUGGACCCCUCUCCCUCCCGCGAAGGUAAUCGGCGUCGUCUUUGCCGUCCACGGAUUCACCGGCGAAUCCAGCUGGAUGCUCCAGCUCACCGCCGUCCACAUCGCCAAGCAAGGGUUUGCAGUCUGCGCCAUCGACCACCAGGGCCACGGCUACUCCGACGGCCUCGUCGCUCACAUACCGGACGUCAAUCCCGUCGUCGACGACUGUAUAUCCUUCUUCGACUCCUUCCGCGACCGCCACGUGCCGCCGGAUCUGCCGUCGUUCCUCUACGCCGAAUCCCUUGGCGGCGCGAUUGCUCUACUCAUAACCCUCCGCCGCGGCGAUUCCGCCCCCAAACGGCCCUUUGACGGCGUCGUUUUGAACGGGGCGAUGUGCGGCAUCAGCGAUAAGUUCAAGCCCCCGUGGCCGUUGGAGCAUUUUCUGGACAUCGCCGCCUUCCUCAUCCCGACGUGGCGCGUUGUUCCGACGCGCGGCUCCAUCCCCGCCGUUUCGUUUAAGGAGGAAUGGAAGAGGAAGCUGGCGAUUGCAAGCCCUAGAAGGACAGUGGCGAGGCCUCGAGCAGCGACGGCGCGUGAGUUGCUGAGAGUGUGCCGGGAUUUGCAAUCGAGGUUCGAGGAAGUGGAUGUCCCGUUCCUGAUCAUCCACGGAGCGGAAGACGUAGUCUGCGACCCGGCGUGCGUGGAGGAGCUGCACAGACGCGCCGCCAGCAAGGACAAGACUCUGAAAAUAUAUCCCGGCAUGUGGCACCAGCUGGUGGGCGAGCGGGAGGAGGACGUGGAGCGCGUUUUCGGAGACGUUGUGGAGUGGCUGACGACAAGAGCCAAUCGCGCUACCAGUUGAAACGCCGCCGUGUGCGGCGGAUGAAGGUGGCCGAUUAAUUAAUUCACGGUAAAUUGGAUUUGGGAGUGAGCAGUUCCGUAGUUGUUGGGCAGCAAUAACUAAACGGUUAGGAGUUGGGUGAGUGUAGGGAGCAUUCCCUUAUUUUUAUGUACUACAAUGCGCCAGAUCAAUAAAUACAUAUAGGACCAUGCUACACUUACGCCAACAAAUAUACCUCAUUUGUACACCACAUGUUUGCACAAACAUUUCGAUGGUUUACACCGACACAAGUGUUGGUGCGUUAAUAAAAAUUUACACAGACACAAAUGUUGGUGCGUUUAACAAAAAUUAGUUUUACAC